AUGCCAGGGACACUUUUGCCCCCGAGAUCACACCGGCAGCACGCACAGAUGGAUCGAACAUCUGCGUCCGGGCCGGAUCUCUAUUUGAUCAAUGACCAAGAUACGGUAUAUGAACAAGACUUGUUGCGAGAUGCCAGUAGUGUCAAGCCAUGGCUUGCCUACAUCGAAUUCAAGCAACAGCAUGGUACGCUCUAUGAACAAGCCUUCAUUAUGGAGCGUGCCUGCCGCCAAUUACCGCGAUCAUACAAGCUGUGGAAACUGUACCUUGAGUUUCGCACGAAGCACCUGAAAGGCCGAAACCCCGCCGUUUACCGUGCAGAGUACUUGAAAGUUAAUGCUCUCUUCGAGCGAGCUCUGAUUUUACUAAACAAGAUGCCUCGCAUCUGGGAGAUGUACCUUACUUUCCUUCUCCAACAGCCAUUGGUAACACAAACUCGGAGGACAUUCGAUCGCGCCCUGCGUGCCUUGCCAGUUACUCAACACAAUCGGAUCUGGAGACUCUACAAAGGCUUCGCCCGGUCCGCGUCGGGACAAACCGCCGUCAAAAUCUGGGCACGUUAUAUGCAAAUACACCCAGAAAAUGCGGAAGAGUACAUUGAGCUGCUCAUUGAGAUGGGACAGUAUACAGAGGCAGUGAAGGUCUUCAUGGAAAUCCUUGACAACCCGCGGUUCCAGUCUAAGAACGGCAAAAGUAAUUUCCAGCUGUGGACUGAGAUGGUUGAUUUGUUGGUCUCCAAAGCCAAGAAGAUCGAAACAGGCCCACAAGUUGGUAUUAAUGUUGAUGCCAUUCUUCGAAGUGGAAUUGAUCGUUUUGCGGACCAGCGAGGUAAACUCUGGGCUGGUCUUGCGACUUACUGGAUCACGAAGGCCAACUUCGAGAAGGCCCGGGAUGUUUUCGAAGAGGGCAUCACCACUGUCAUGACGGUUCGUGAUUUCACCCUUAUUUUUGACUCAUACGUCGAGUUUGAAGAGUCCAUCAUUGGCAGCUUGAUGGAAGCGGCAGCUGUUCGCUCAGAGAAGGGCAAGCUUGACGAAGAAGCCGAUUUUGAUCUUGAUCUACGCAUGUUGCGCUUCGAACAGUUGAUGGAUCGCCGACCGUUCCUCGUCAAUGAUGUUCUUCUGCGACAAAACCCGCAUAAUGUCAUUGAGUGGGAAAAGAGAGUAGCGCUAUGGGGUGACAACAAGCAAGAGGCCGUCGGUACUUACACAGCUGCUAUUGCGGCAAUCAACCCUAAGAAAGCUCAUGGAAAAUUCUCCGAACUAUGGGUCAACUACGCCAAACUCUACGAGAAUGGCGGAGAUCUGGAGACUGCCCGAGUAAUUUUUGAUAAAGCUGUUAAAGUUCCAUUCAAGUCCGUCGCCGAGCUUGCUGAGACAUGGUGCGAGUGGGCAGAGAUGGAGCUUCGAGCAGAGAAUUUCGACAGAGCUGUUGGCAUUAUGGCCAAGGCGACGCAGGCCCCGAAGAAGUCCACGGUGGAUUAUUUCGAUGAGAGUCUGUCACCGCAACAGCGGGUGCAUAAAAGCUGGAAGCUCUGGAGUUUUUAUGUCGACCUCGUCGAGAGUGUUUCGUCGCUGGAGGAUACAAGGAAGGUCUAUGAACGGAUCUUCGAGCUGCGUAUCGCGACGCCACAAACGGUUGUCAAUUUCGCAAAUCUUCUUGAGGAAAACAAAUACUUCGAGGAUUCCUUCAAGGUGUAUGAGCGUGGCCUAGAUUUGUUCAGUUACCCGGUCGCAUUCGAGCUUUGGAAUUUGUAUUUGACGAAGGCUGUUGAUCGUAAGAUUGGCAUUGAGCGUCUUCGAGACCUCUUCGAACAAGCCUUGGACGAAUGCCCUCCAAAGUUCGCCAAGCCGCUGUACUUGAUGUACGGUAAUUUGGAGGAGGAACGGGGCCUUGCACGACAUGCGAUGCGUAUUUAUGAGCGUGCCACCCGUGCUGUCUCUGACGAGGACCGCUUUGAGAUGUUCGAAUUCUACAUCACCAAAUCCGCCUCUAACUUCGGCCUCACCUCGACAAGACCGAUCUAUGAGCGUGCAAUCGCAGCCCUGCCGGACCAGGAGGCUAAAGAGAUGUGCCUCAAGUUCGCUGAGAUGGAACGUCGACUUGGCGAAAUUGACCGUGCCCGUGCAAUCUAUGGUCAUGCUUCUCAAUUCUGUGACCCCCGGACAAAUGCUCCCUUCUGGCAGAAAUGGGAGGCUUUCGAGGUCCAACAUGGAAAUGAGGAUACUUUCAAGGAGAUGCUCCGCAUCAAGAGAAGUGUCCAGGCUCAGUACAACACUGAUGUCAACUUCAUUGCUUCGCAAGCUAUUGCCCGCUCCCAACAACGUAUCCAGGAGGGUGAGCAGGAUGAGGACAAGGACACCGACCGUGCAGAUGCCAUGGCUGCUCUCGAACGUGAAGCACGCGCUCCUGUGGGCUUUGUUGCUGCCAGCACUGGUCCUGAGGGAGGUAAUCGACCCCCGCCGGCUGGACAAGCACCUCCUGCGGCCCCUGCCAAUCCUGACGCUAUCGAUCUUGAUGACGAUAUGGACGAUUAG